AUGAUUGUCUUCUAUCUGCUCCUCGCAAUCUUCAGCGUUGGCGUGGGCAGUAUCCUCGGCUCGGACGACUUCCUCGUAGCUUUCGGCGCGGGUUAUGGUUUCGCAAGGGAUGGAUGGUUCAGCAAGAAGAUUAAGGACGCUCAUCUCCCGGAUGUGACCGACCUUUUGCUCAAUUCGGCCAUGUUCAUCUAUCUUGGCACCAUCAUGCCCUGGGAAGCGUUCAGCCCUCGCGACAUUACUCCUUAUGUUACACCGUUGAGACUUCUCGGAUUCGCCGCCUUGGUCCUCUGCUUCCGUCGCAUUCCCAUUAUGCUUGCAACAUACAAGAUCAAUCCUGACAUUCGCACCUUCCGUGAAGCACUCUUCUGCGGACACUUUGGACCUAUGGGUUUGGGUGCGAUCUUCCUGGCUAUUGAAGCUCGUGCAACUCUCGAGACUGGCACUAGCGAGCCGUUGCCUCACCCUCCAAAGUUCUCGCCACCUUACUCGAACCGUGAAAAGGGAGUCGAGAUGCUCUGGCCUGUGGUAUGCUUCGUCGUCAUGUGCAGCACCUUUGUUCACGGACUGAGUGUUCUCGGAUUGAGUUUGGCUAGUCACUUCCGCAGAAAGGAAGGCGAGAGAGCACCCUUGCUGGCUCAAGAGACUGAUCCUCUGGACGGCAUGGAACAUGAACGUCCUGAAGAUCUGGACACAGACCAUGAAGAGGACUAG